AUGAAAUUGAGUCGGCUUUUGUGCACACUUAGUGCUUUCACAAGUGGAGCUCUGGCUCGCUUAGUUACUGUUCCUAUUGUACCGUUUACAGAGACAGGCGGCAGCUAUAAACUUUCGGAAAUUACAGGAAUCGUUGUUGAUUCUCGUUAUGUCGAUUCGGUGGAUCACGAUGGUCAGACUUUAAUCCCACCUACUCUGCACGAGUUUGCAGAGACUUUCCAAGGGGACCUUAAAGAAGUCCUGGGGUUGGAUGUGCAGCUCACCAAGGGCACGGAGCGGACGAAAAAUACUAUUUUCGUGACAAUUGGGAAUGAUACAGGAUUUAAGGAUGCUGCUGGUAGAUUCACCUCAGAGGCUUACGAAUUGAAAGUUGAUGAUAACGGGAUUGUCGUCACUGGAGCAAGUCCCUUGGGUGCGUGGUGGGCCACCCGGUCGAUCAUCCAAGUUGCUUCUACGGGAAGCUCCGCCUUACCUAAGGGAUCCGGCGUGGAUGCUCCAGGAUGGGGAACUCGAGGAGUCAUGCUCGACGCUGGUCGGCACUUCUACCCCGCCGACUUCUUGAUUGAGAUGUGCUCGUACCUCUCGUUCUUCAAGCAAAAUACAUUCCAUGUUCACCUCAGCGACAAUCUCUACAACAAUGUCGACAUAUAUUCCCGAGAAAGAAGUUUGGAUCUCUACGCCGCAUUCCGACUGUGGUCCGACGACGAAUCUGUUGCAGGAUUGAACCGCCGGGCCAACGAGUCAUACACCCGUGAGCAGUUCGAUAAUAUUCAGACACAAUGCGCAAAGCGCGGAGUCACCAUCAUCCCCGAGAUCGAGGCUCCCGGUCACGCACUGGUGAUUGUACAAUGGAAGCCGGAGCUGGGUCUAGAUGAUCUCAGCAUGCUCAACAUCAGCCACCCAGAAACCAUCCCGACAAUGAAGACCAUCUGGAAAACUUUCUUGCCGUGGUUUCACAGCAAGGUUGUCCACAUUGGCGCUGAUGAGUACGAUAGCAGCCUGAUCUCAGAUUAUACAAGCUUCGUGAACCAGAUGAAUACGUUCAUUCAAGAAGAGACAUCUGGUACCAAGUCGAUGCGCAUCUGGGGUACGUUCACCCCGAAAGAGGGUGCCAAUGUCUCCAAGUCCGUCUCGUACCAGCACUGGGACGUCAGCGCGGACCAGCCGUACUAUGAUUAUAUUGAGAACGGAUACGAUGUGCUCAACUCCGAUGACUAUAUGUACCUUGUGGGUGGCUGGAGCGGCUCAUUCGCACAGAAGCUCAGUCUGGACAAGAUAUUUAACGGUCCAUACGACGCGCCAUACUCACCCGUGGUGUUUGACAGUUCCAACCAGACCGACAACCCUUCGCGCAACAAUCCUCGUGUUUUGGGCGAGGUGGCGGCAUUAUGGAAUGACUAUGGGCCAAACUCCACCACCGUCCUGGAGGCGUACUAUUCCUGGCGUGAUGCUCUUCCCGCUCUCGCCGACAAACAGUGGGGUGGCGACAUCACAGAAGACGAGUACCUGUCCGUGUUUGAUUCCCUUCACGCAGCUGUACCAGACCAGAACCUCGAUCGUGCGAUUCCUAGCACCUCCGAUACUAUUCUUCACUACACAUUUGAUGAUUCCAGCUCAAAAUCACUCACUGAUCAGUCUGGCAAUGGAUACCACGGGACAAUCCAUGGAUGCAAGAUAGCCGACAAAACUCUGCAUCUAGCCGAUGGCUGCUAUGUUGAAACACCUCUAGGCAGCAAGGGACGCGACUACACACUCUCGUUCCGAGUCAAACCCACCUCCCACACACCGGGUACACUCUUCGCUGGACCCGACUCCACAUUUGUCAAUGGCAAUGGCACAAUUACCAACACAACUCUCAUCAGUGGCGGCAACCCAUACUCCUUAAACUAUACCCUGCCUCUCAACACCUGGACAGAAGUAAGCUUGAUCGGGAAGGGCAACUCGACCUUUCUUACCACUUCAGGCAAGGGCACCAAUUCUAAAACAAUGGAGUUCCUGACUAAGAUUGGCGUCAAUGGGGACUCAUUUGUGUGGGCGCCUAUAGCAGUGGAGGCACCGCUGACGCGUAUCGGCGAAGGAUUUACAGGGCUGAUGCAGAAUGUUGUGUUGAAGGGUAGUGCGGCUUGA